UUCUGAGCACUCUAUUGAUUUCAAACAGAAUAGUGAGUGUAAAGAGCAGAUGGGACCUAAUUGUGCUUCGAGAAUCAAACUGGAACCUUGGCUAGUUCAUGGGAACAUGGUUAGGUCUCACCUGCUGUGUGUGCAGUAGUAAAAUGGUCUUUAACUAUGAGAAAAGGACAAUGAGAAAGGGACUGGGUCAGACCAGUGGUCCAUGUAGUGUAGCAUUCUGGCCCUGGCAGUGGCCAGCACUAGCUGCUGCUUCAGGAGAAAGGGCAAGAAAUCCUGCGGUGGGUGUUAUAAGAUAACCUGAUCUCAGGGAAACUUUCUUCCUAACCCCCAUUCUUCAGAGGGCAGCUUAUGUCCUGAAACAUGGGGGUUUCUAUCCCUUCCCAACUGUGUUUUGGUUCUUUGAUGCCUUACUUACAACUUGGGCUAGUCUUGUUAUCUGGAGCGGGAUACAGACCUUUCCUGACCAAUGUGCUGCCAGCAGGUCCCUCUAACUGCACUGAUGGGAUGGACAGGGACUGUCCAUGCACCUGCCCCCCGGGAGCUGGGAUCUCUUGGUGGGAGGGCAGCCUCAUUAGCAACCAGUUCACAGCAGCCAGGAGCUACGGUGACAAGAUGUCCUAAUUUUUGGGUCUUUUUCUUAUAUAGGCUCCUAUUACCCCCAUCCCCAUUUUUCAUAUUUGCUGUCUGGUCACGGUACCAGGAACAGAAGGACGGGGGGCUGUAUAUCUAAACUGUCCCUCCUCUCAGCGCGUUUACAGUCCAAGACCCUGUGCUUUGCCCUGCUCUUUGCACCCCCGGGGCCUCUUCCCCGGCCCUGCGCUUUGCAGCCCAAGCAGCCGCCUCGCUCCCUGCAGCCCGCGCGCGCGCACAGUGCCUUUAAGAGCCCGCGCGCCUGCGCCCUCCACCUCCUCCUUUUUCCUAGCAACCGCCGCUGGGGAGACCCUGGUAACGGUGCACGGGGAAAGGGGAGAAAGAGAGGAGGGAGGUCACGUGCUGCCGCGCGGCCGGAGAGCGGGCGCGAGCGUGCGCGAGCCGGUGUAGCCCUAGUAGCGGCGGCGGCAGCUUGAGAAGGGGGAGGGAAGGAGGGAGAAGCGGGCGGGAUUAUUAUGGGCUGUGGGUGCUGCUGCUGAGCAAGAUGGAGCUGUCUGCAGUGGGGGAGCGAGUGUUCGCGGCCGAGUCCAUCAUCAAGCGGCGGAUCCGAAAGGGGCGCAUCGAGUACCUGGUGAAGUGGAAAGGCUGGGCCAUCAAGUACAGCACUUGGGAACCUGAAGAGAACAUCCUGGACUCUCGUCUUAUUGCAGCCUUUGAGCAGAAGGAACGAGAGCGUGAGCUGUAUGGGCCCAAGAAGAGAGGACCCAAGCCUAAAACUUUCCUCCUGAAGGCUCGGGCCCAGGCGGAGGCCCUUCACAUUGGGGAUGUACACUUUUCUGUCAAGCCUGGCUCUAGCACCUCAUCGCCCAAGCUGCACUCCAGCGCCGCAGUACACCGGCUCAAGAAAGACAUCCGGCGAUGCCAUCGCAUGUCCCGGCGCCCCUUGCCCCGCCCAGACCCCCAGAACAGCGGGGGUGUGGGUGGGGGGGCUGGCAUACGUCCUCCAGUCUCGCCCUUCUCUGAGACUGUCCGUAUCAUCAACCGCAAGGUGAAGCCUCGUGAGCCCAAACGCAGCCGCAUCAUCCUCAACCUCAAGGUUAUUGACAAGGGUGGAAAGGCCGCGAGUGGAGGAGGGGGCUUGGCCCGGCCAAAGAUCCCCUCACGAAACCGUGUCAUUGGCAAGAGUAAGAAGUUCAGCGAGAGCAUCCUCCGCACCCAGAUCCGCCACAUGAAGUUCGGCACCUUCUCACUGUACAACAAGCCGUCCGCUGCACCAGCCACAUCCCUGGAGGGCAAGAUGGAGGCAGGGGGCUCACAAGGUGCCUCCUGCGGGCUGAUCAUAGGCUCUACCCCUUACGAUGCCCGCAGCUCCAGCUCAUCAGGCUGCCCCUCUCCUACUCCUCAUUCUUCCUCCGACCCAGACGAUUCUCCCCCAAAGCUGCUUCCCGAGACCCUGAGCCCUGCCAUCCCUGACUGGCGAGAGUCGGAGGUCCUGGACCUUUCGAUCCCACCAGAAUCAGCGGCCACCAGCAAGCGCUCUCCCCCUGGGGGAUGUGCUGGGGGCCAGACACCCUCAUCAUCCCUUUCCUCUUCUGACCCAGAGCAGGAGGCUGGCGACUGGCGCCCCGAGAUGUCCCCCUGCUCCAACGUGGUGGUCACGGAUGUCACCAGCAAUCUCCUGACCGUCACCAUCAAGGAGUUCUGCAACGCAGAGGAUUUCGAGAAGGUUGCAGCGGGUGGAGGAGGCAGCAAGUAAUUUCCACGUUUAAAAACAAAACAGCAGCAAAUACAAACGAAGAACAAAGAUAGAGCCAAGCCUCUGCCCAAAAACACAAGAAACUGGACUGCUGCUCUCAGAGGCAGGGGACACGGACAGACACACUGAUGUUCUCCUCUGGAGCCAUCCAUUCACCUGGAAUCCCAAUAUGACUGUGGCAACAAGUGACAUGCUAACUACCUGGACAAACCUGACGGCUGUUCUUGAUACUGGUUCAUACAUAGUUCUUGGACUUCAAAAUCUAUUGUAACUAGAAGAAGAGGAGUUGGAAGCCUCGUGUCCUUUUUCUACUAAAAGCAAAACAACAAUCCCAGCAUUAUGAUGUGGAAAUGCCCAACUCCUGCCUCCUAUUUAAAAUGCUUAAUGAGAGGCAUAUUGAAAACCCAUCUGGAUGUGGGGCAAGGCAAGUCUAUUAUCAUGUUUCCCCUCCCUUUGUCUUCAGUGCUCGCUGCAAUUUGGCCUAGAAGAGCCUGUGAGCACCAGAUCUGACCACUAAGGCCUGGUCUACAUUACAUGGUUGGGUCAGCACAAGGCAGCUUACAUCAACUUAGUUGUGGAUGUGUCUACACUUUUAAAUUUUGUUCCCGCUGAUAUAAAUGCCCUGGUACAGCAACUUAACACCACCACCUCCCUGAGUAGUGGAUAGUCAAGGUUGAUGUAAUUAGGUUGACGCAGUGUCAGUGUAGAUACUGUGUUACUUAUGUCAACUGUUACUGGCCUCCAGGAACUGGCCGACAAUACCCCACAGUGAUCACUCUUGUCACCGUUGUGAACUCUGCUUCCCAGGGGCUAGGUGGACAGGAAACUGUUGCUCCUUUUUAAAGCCCCACAAAUUUUUGAAAUUUCUUUUCUCGGUUGCCCGGCUUGGCAGACACCUAGCAACACUCCAUUGUUAUGUGCAACUGCCCAUAGACAGGAGACAGAAGGUUUUGUACUUCCUGGGUUUGUGGGGAGAAGAGGCAGUGCAGGCACAGCUCCGAUCCAGCUGUAGAAAUGUUGACAUCUAUGAGCAGAUUGGGCCAUGCAGGAGAAGGGCUAGAAGAGGGACCAGCAGCAAUGCUGCAUGAAAGCCAAGGAGCUGUGGCAGGCGUACCAGAAGGCAAGGGAGGCCAUCAGUCUGGUGCGGAGGUGCAUCCUUGGGAGAGACCCCACACCCGAGAGCCCUGUGAAUACUUUGGAGGACCCAGGUCACAGGCCCCUGCCAUGAACAGCGAAGAGGAGUAUGGGGGACAAGCAACCAGGGGAUCCAGCUGCACAGUGAGCCAGGAUAUGUUUUUGACUCCAGCACAGUCCAGCCAGUUCUCACAGUCAAAGAGUGAGCCUGGUGCAGGGGCAGGAACCUCUGGUAAGGAUGCAGUUUGUUUUGAAAUUACAGAGAUGGAACCCCCAAACUAGCAGGACACAUCUGUUGAUUUACUCUUUUAUUUAUGCUCAAAGAGAUAAUGAAACAAUCAAGAGACGUAGAGUUGCUAUCCACUUCUCAUCCCCCUCUAGAAUUAGGCAGAAGGGACCAUGCAGAGCAGUUUGUUUAUACUCUUCAAGAUGUCUUGUGAAUCCUCCACAGAGCUUGUGAUGAAACUCUGAUGGAGGCACUCUGCAAUCCUCUGCCGAAGGUUUCUGGGGAGUGCUGCCUUAUUUCUUCCGCCACCGUAGAACACUUCCACACCACUCAGUGAUAACUGCAACAGGCACCAUUGCAGUACCUAGGCUAAUAGCAUAUGUGCCCAGGUGGCAUCAGGAUGCCAGCAGUAGCUGUUCUCUCUGCUUCUUUUACCCUCAGAAGUGAGAUACUUGCUAAAAUCACCCCUGCCAGUGGACAACAGUGCCACUAUUCAGUUCUAUUACCCUAUACAACUAUAUUAAUAGCUGUGAGCUAUCCACCUUCAUUUCCCCAAUCAUCCCCACAGGCCAUAUACUCACCAUAGCUGGUGCUGUAACAGACGCAAUGUUGUAUCAAGCCCAAGGAGAAGUGAGAAUGCAGUGCUCACAACUUUUGGGGAUCAAGAGGAGUGAGUCCAGUAUCCUAAGGUUUGAUUUCUGUUGUGAAUACACUGACAAUGGCACCCCUGUGUGUUUGCAGCUGCUGUUGGUGUGGCCUUUACGGUCUCCCCCUCCACACCCACAACGCCUGAGCCAGAUAAGGAGGAGAAAGGAGAGGACUCAGGAUCAUAUGUUCUAGGAGAUGUAAGUCUAUGCUGCAUCCGAGGAUGACCCUUGCAAACAGCUUGGGGAAGGAAGGAAUGGAGAGGAGAGGGAGAUGCACCAGAGCAUAAUGGUGCUUCUGAGGCAGCAAACGGACCUGCAGGUCUACCAGAGUCUGCAGGAUCUAAGAAUCCCAAGCUUACCUCUCUGCAGCCCAUAAACAACUCAAUGUUGAGACCUCCUUACACCGCCCCUCUACAUUCCACAUGGCAUCAAGGACCACUGCACUGCCCCUACCAAUCCAAUCCGGGGGACGUUAAAGACAAUCACAGCUGCACAUUCACUGACCUGUGAAAGACACGGUUGGUGUGUGCGCACCUGAAAUAUAAAAUGACGGUUCUUUCCCCUUUGUAAAUUGUUCCUUUAAUUUAUCAAGUUUUAUAAAGUUCUAAAUGUUUAAUACUUUGCCUGGUUCAUGUUACAGAAUAAAAUUCUAUUUUUUGAAACAUAA